AUGGGGAUUCAGGGCCUGCUUCAAUUUCUCAAGGAGGCUGCUGAGCCUAGCCACGUGAAGAAAUACAAAGGGCAGACGGUAGCUGUGGACACCUACUGUUGGCUGCACAAAGGCGCUUAUGCUUGUGCUGAAAAGCUGGCCCGAGGAGAGCCAACAGAUGUUUAUGUAGUAUUCUGUAUGAAACUUGUUGAUAUGCUCCUCUCAUUUGGAAUUAAACCAGUUUUGGUGUUUGAUGGAUGCACCCUACCUUCUAAGAAGGAAGUGGAAAAGGCCCGACGAGAGAAGCGUCAAGCCAGUCUUCUGAAGGGGAAACAAUUGUUACAGGAAGGGAAACUGUCAGAAGCUAGGGAAUGUUUUGGGCGCAGUGUAAAUGUUACCCAUGUUAUGGCUCGUGAAGUUAUUAAAGCUGCACGAGCCCGGGGUGUUGACUGUAUUGUUGCUCCUUAUGAAGCUGAUGCUCAGCUGGCUUAUCUUAACAAGACUGGCAUGGUUCAAGCUAUAAUCACAGAAGACUCUGAUCUUUUAGCUUUUGGAUGUAAAAAGGUGUUUCUGAAAAUCGACAAAUUUGGAAAUGGAUUAGAGAUAGAUCAAGCCCGACUAGGGAACUGCAAGCAGCUUGGAAAUGUAUUUACAGAAGAGAAAUUCCGCUAUAUGUGUAUUCUUUCUGGUUGUGACUACCUCUCCUCAAUUCAUGGAAUUGGAUUAGUUAAAGCAUGCAAGUUACUGAAAUUAGCCAACAAUCCAGAUAUUAUAAAGGUUAUUAAGAAAAUGGGGCAGUACUUGAAGAUGAAUAUAACAGUACCAGAAGAAUACAUACAGGGUUUUACACGAGCCAAUAAUACAUUCCUUUACCAGUUAGUUUUUGACCCUGUCAACAGAAAAUUAGUUCCUCUGAAUCCAUAUGGGGAUGAUACUGAUCCAGAAACACUAAAUUAUGCAGGACGGCAUUUUGGGGAUAGUACUGCUUUUCAAAUUGCUGUUGGCAACAUUGAUAUUGAUACAAUGGAACAAAUUGAUAAUUAUAACCCCGACACUGCACAACCUGUGCAGCAGAGAAGUAGUGGCUGGAAUGACAAACAUGAUAAUCAUGCAAAUAGCAUUUGGAGCAGAGACUACAAGCCUGGCCCUAAUGCAGAUACUGCUCCUCAUAAAAUGCAUUUAGUAGAGAAACCAACAACCAAAGGCAUGGAGAAGAUAAUUAGCGUUAAAGGGCUAAAAGUUUCAGGCAAAGAGCUCUUGGAAAAAAGACCAAGAAGUGAUAUUGAAGAAGUGUCAGAUGGAGAUUUGUUGACCCAAUAUUCAUUUUCAAAAGCAAAAAAAUUCAAGGAGAGUGAUCAUGAUAAUCAGGUACAAAAGAGUGUCUCAGCAAUACAAAGCCUUGAUUCUUCAGGGAAUUCCAUCAUCCAAGAAACCUCUGACUCCUGGCCCAGCAUUAGAAAUAAAUUUGCUUCCUUUCUACAAAGGAAAAAGAAAGAGAAGGAUGCUGUAAUUGUUCCGGGAACAAAAAGCAGGUUUUUCUGCAAUGAUGUAAUGUUUGACAAUAGAGCAAAGAAAGAUGACAGUGAUCUGACUCACGGUGCUGAGCAGGUUUGCCAGGAACAAAAAGUAGAAGAUGUAACAGAAGAUGUUUCUCACUUUUCAGUUUCUGAAAACCCAACAAGUGCUAUCUUUACACCUCCUGGAGAGAUGCAGAAAAAUUGCUUCCAAUGGUUUAGCAGCUUCACAAGUAAACCGCGAAAUCCUUGCCUGUCUCAUACUGCAUUUUCACAGCAGUUUCACCAACAGAGGAGUAACUGCAUGGUAUACCAGGAGGAUCAGGCUAAUGGGGUGGAAACAGAGAGUGAGGUGGUGUGUGGUGAAGCGGAGGAAGAAUCUUCCCCCCUAACAGAACUGGAACAGUUUUCAGAGUCUCAAAGGUCUUGUGAGCUGCCAGAAUACAGUUUGGAGUCUUCAGAAAGAGAAGUGUCUAAAAACAACUCCCAUGCAGAAGAAUCUGACUCCAGUUCAAAAGUGGUUGGUGACCAAGGUACUCGAUCUCCAGCAUUUUCUGCUCUUCAAUUUUACAGUAAAAAUACAAUCAUAAAGACCAAGGUUCCUGGUUUACAUAAAUCCAGUUCUAUACAGUCACCUAGUGUAACAAAGCUGAAGCCAUUGAUACCAGCUAAAGUAAGUGGACUAAGCAGGAAACAGUCACCUGCCCAGAAGAGAAAUCACUGUGAUGCUGAAAAUCAGAUGGGAGUGCAAACCGCCAUUAGUGAACUCUGGAAAAACUUCCAAUUUAGGAGACAGUAUGAAAAACUUCCUUCUUGUAAAAAGCCAGACCCAUUGUCUCCAGUCAAAGAUAAUAUACAGCUCACUCCAGAAACAGAAGAAGAAAUUUUUAAUCAUCUGGAACAUAGUUGUGUUCAGAGAGCCAUAUUCCAAUGA